CCCCUCAGCGCUGAGCCUAAUAAAAGGGAAGAAGGGUUUGGACGGGUAUCGCACUGGCAUUGGCAUUCGAUUCCGUUGCUGAAUAAACGAAGAGUCUUUGUUGUGUUGAGGUUGCUAAGUAGGGUUUUAGUAUCGCCGGAGAGAGAAAGAUGGGAAGAGAAAGAGAGGCAUCGAAACAACAACAGGUUGCUUACACUGUGGAACAGCUUGUUGCCUUCAAUCGAUACAAUCCUGAUAUUCUUCCAGAUCUCGAAAACUACGUCAACGACCAGGUUUCGUCACAAACGUACAGCCUCGAUGCCAAUCUUUGCCUUCUUCGCCUCUAUCAGUUUGAACCUGAGAAAAUGAGUUCCCAGAUUGUUGCCCGCAUAUUGGUUAAGGCUCUCAUGGCAAUGCCAGCUCCGGACUUCAGUCUGUGUCUCUUUUUGAUUCCCGAACGUGUGCAAAUGGAGGAGCAGUUCAAGACUUUGAUUGUUCUGUCUCAUUAUUUGGAGACAGGAAGAUUCCGGCAGUUCUGGGAUGAGGCAGCAAAAAGUCGUCAUAUUGUUGAAGCUGUGCCAGGAUUUGAGCAGGAAAUCCAAGGAUAUGCAAUCCAUGUCCUCUCCUUGACUUACCAAAAGGUUCCUAGAACUGUGCUUGCUGAGGCUAUCAACAUAGAAGGUUUAUCCUUGGACAAAUUCCUCGAACACCAAGUAGCCAACUGUGGUUGGGUUAUUGAGAAAAGCCAAGGCAGAGGUCAACUCAUUGUCCUUCCUAGAAAUGAAUUUAAUGACCCAGCUUUGAAGAAAAACACUGCAGAUAGUGUACCAUUGGAGCACAUUACUCGCAUCUUCCCUAUUCUUAGCUAAUUUUUGUAUCGCAAACUGCAGAUUUUCUUUCCCUGAAGGAGAUAUGUGAAUUUGAGAUUAGUCAUUUUGCAGUCUGUCUGCCUUCCCCUUGGAUGCUUCAAUUUAAGAAUUAGUGGACAGCUAUUUAAGUUUACUCAUGUUUUGUAUACAUGUCUGAAUUUAUUUGCUUUGAUGUGCUUUAUUAUUCGUUGAACAGAUAGCGUUCUCUCUUUACCGUUCCUUUCAAAUUUGCUGACUAGUUAGGACAGGGUUUGUAUUCACAAUAUACAUUUUAGGAGUUGUUAAAGAAGAAAUCCGGAGUUGGGAGUUGAAGGG